AUGACGAGUUCUGAGCCCACUACGGGAUAUAAAGUAGCAUUUAUACAUCCCGACCUUGGAAUUGGGGGAGCUGAAAGAUUAGUUGUUGAUGCAGCUUUGGGUUUACAGGAAUCAGGUAAUAGGGUAAAGAUCUAUACCUCCCAUUGUGAUCCAAAUCACUGCUUCGAAGAGGUGAAGGAUGGAACUUUAAAACAUCAAGUAUAUGGUGACAGACUACCCACUCAUUUGUUCGGUAAGUUCUUCAUCCUGUUUGCUAACUUGAGGCAAUUGUACCUCAUUUUCCAACUGAUAUGGACAGGCCAAUUAAAUGAGUACGAUUUAUUUAUUGUGGAUCAAUUGUCUACAGGUCUCCCAUUAAUACAUAUGUUCUCUGACGCAAAGAUCUUAUUUUAUUGCCACUUCCCAGAUCAGAAAUUAGCUGUUAGAGAUAGUUCACUAAGAAAACUUUACAGAUUACCUUUUGACUUACUGGAACAAUUCACUAUGAGUGUAGCUGAUAAGGUCGUUGUUAAUUCGAAAUUUACAAGAGGGAUUUACAAAGAAACAUUGAACUUCCUGAAUACCUCACCAGAGGUUAUUUACCCAUGUGUUAGUACGUCGGUUUCCAAAGAGAUUGACCAAAUUGAUAAGCAAUUACUGACUAAAUUGAUAAAUACUGAUAAGGACAAGUUUUAUUUGAGUAUAAAUAGAUUCGAAAGGAAAAAGAAUGUAUCAUUGGCUCUAAAAGCGUUUGCUUUAUCAGAGAGAUCCAAGGAUAAUGAUGUCAAGUUGCUCAUUUGCGGUGGUUAUGAUGAAAGAGUGGAUGAAAACAAAGAAUACUUGAGAGAACUACAGUUAGAAGCAGGUAAUUUAAAACUAUCAUCCUCUACUAUUUUUUAUCCUGAAUAUGCCAAAAAUAAGGACCUAGAAUCAUUCAAUGCUCGGAAGAGCAAGGUUAUUUUUUUGCUAUCUAUCUCAGGUUCAUUGAAAGAAUUGCUGUUAGAAAAAAUGGACUUGCUGCUAUAUACACCAUCAUUUGAGCAUUUUGGAAUUGUUCCUCUCGAGGCAAUGAAGCAUGGCAAGCCAACACUAGCAGUAAAUAGUGGUGGGCCUUUAGAAACAAUAAUCUCAUACAAGCCGGGUGAAAAUGAAGCUACCACUACAGGUUGGUUGCGUGAACCUGACGAAAAAGUCUGGGCAGUUGCGAUCGACGAAAGUACUAAGUGUGAAGGAAUUGAUUUUGCUAAAAAUGGGAAAGAAAGACUUGAUAAAUAUUUUUCACGUUAUGCAAUGACCCAUUCCUUUGAAACUGAAAUUGAGAAAUUCAUUUGGAGCAAAAAAGUUAUAUAUCCAUGGGAGACUGCUGUCACAUCUUUGUCCUUUUUCGGCAUUCAUUUGUUAGUCAAUUUCUGCUUGCCAAAUCAAAAUUGGCCAUUUUUACUGUUAGCUGGUGUAGCAAUAGUUAUUUUUAGACGUAUCUUCUGGGGUAUAUACUUCUUGUUUGUUUUCAGUUUAUCAUAUGAGUGA